UCUUUCCCCGGGAGGAUGUUCGAGGAAGCCCCGUGGGGCGAGGCGGCGGAGCUGGCGCUGCCGGGCCCGCGGGCCGAGGCGAGUCCCUCUGGGGGCCGCCCCCCGCCCAGCCCCGCCCAGCGCCGGCGUCUCCUGGCCACCCUGCGCCGCCUGCAGAGCUCGGCGCCGCGCCCGCCUUCCCCGUCCUCCUCCGGCCGAGGCAGCAGCGCGUCGGACUCGGAGGCCGAGCAGCAGCCGGAGAGGAAGCGCGCCAGGAAGGGGCCGCAGGCGGGGUCGCCCCCCGGAGCUCCGCAGUCGCAGCAGCAGCAGCAGCGCCUCCCGGCCCGGAAGGAGGAGCCGGCGCCCCGAGCAGACAAGGCAGCUGGAGGCGGAGACCCUGAGCCCAGCAGCAAGCAGAGGAGCGCUGGGGCAAAGGACCCAGAGGAGGAGCCAAGGCUGACCAGGAGACAGUGGAAGAACCGCCAGAAGAACAAGCGUCGCCAGAACAGGUUCAAGGCAGGGCUGGGCCGCGAGGAGCCCCCUGUGGCCUCUGCAGCAGCAGAGGAGCCCCCUGCAGUCCCAGCAGCAGCAGAGGAGCCCCCCAGCAGCCAGGAAGAUCCAGCAGGCCAGGAACUUCUCAGCGAAAGGGCAGCAUCCCUGCGGCUGCGCAUGGAGGAGCGGCUGGAGUCCGCGCGCUUCCGCUUCAUCAACCAGCAGCUCUACACAUCCUCCAGCCAGCAGGCGGUCCAGCUCUUCCAGGAGGAUCCUGAGGCCUUGGCAGUGUAUCACCGGGGCUUUGCCCGGCAGGUGGCCCAGUGGCCUGAAAACCCUGUGCAGCGCUUUGUGCGCUACCUGCGUCAGAGACCAGCAUCAUUCGUGGUGGCAGAUUUCGGUUGCGGGGACUGCAAGCUGGCACGCAGCGUGCGGAACAAAGUCCACUGUUUUGACCUGGUGGCUCUGGAUCCCCGAGUCAUUGUCUGCGACAUGGCCCAGGUCCCCCUGGAUGAUGAAUCUGUUGACGUGGCUGUGUUCUGCCUGGCACUGAUGGGUACUAACCUGCAGGAGAUCUUGGAAGAGGCCAACCGUGUGCUACGAGUUGGGGGGACCCUCCUGGUGGCCGAGGUGGCCAGCCGCUUCCCGGACCUGCGGGCCUUCGUGGCGGCGCUGGCCCGGCUCGGCUUCCGGCUCCUCCGCAAGGAGCUGAAGGGCUUCGCCUCCCUGGAUGACCUGCUGCGCGUCAAGGGGAUCACGGCGCGGAUCCUGGAGCUGAACAGCCAGCGGAUGACCUGCUCGCCGGAGCCCGCCUGCCCGGCGCCGUCCUCCUCGUCUCCGGCGCCCGAGGUGGGCUUGGCCGGGGCGACCUUGGCCCGCGUCUCCGGGGCGGGCGGGGGGCGGGCGGCAGAAAGCCGGGCGGGGGGCGGGGGGCAGCUGGGCCGAGGCUCGCUGACCCCCGCGGCCCGCUUCCCCCCGCAGGCUCCGGACGAGGAGGCGGGUCAGUCGCCGCCGCCGCGUCCCGGGCAGCGGGAGAGCUGGGCGCCGGCCUGCUUGGCAACGGCCGAGGCGGAGGAGGAGGAGCCGGGCAGCUCCUGCCCGCCGGGGGCUCCCGACUCCGAGGACGAGACGAGCGGCGGCGGCAGCAGCAGCGAUGGCGAGGAGAGCGGCGGCGGCGACGUCUACUUCUACUACACGGUGGACGAGCGCUGGAUCGACUACCUGGAGCGGACGGAGGGCGGCGGCCUCAUCCGGCACACGCGGCCCAAGAUGAAGCGCAAGUCAGAGAGCGGCCCGGAUGGCAGAGCCCAGUCGCCUGGCAAGAAGCUGUGCAAGGGCUCAGAGAGGGGCAGAGUGCUGGGCCCCUGUGUCGCUAGCCCCACGGCCACCUUUGGGGAUUUGCGGAACGCCAAGGCAGGCCAGGCGCGCUGCCGGCAUGUCCCCCCAAUGACCCCACCCCCUGAGCUGCAGGACUGGCUGCGCACUUUCCAGCGCUGGAGCGGCCCAGAGAAGCUGCUGGCUCUGGAUGAGCUCAUUGACCGCUGUGAGCCUCCUCAGAUCAAGCACAUGAUGCAAGUGAUUGAGCCCCAAUUCCAGCGCGAUUUCAUCUCACUGCUGCCCAAAGAGUUGGCGCUCUAUGUGCUCUCGUUCCUGGAGCCGCGGGACCUGCUCCGGGCGGCGCAGACCUGUCGCUACUGGCGGAUUUUGGCCGAGGACAACCUGUUGUGGCGGGAGAAGUGCCGCGAUGCAGGUAUCGAGGAGCCCCUGAGUCUGCGCAAGCGCCGGCUGCUCAGCCCAGGCUUCAUGUACAGCCCCUGGAAACUGGCCUUCCUGCGGCAGCACCGAAUCGACAUGAACUGGCGUGGCGGGGAUGCCCGCCCCCCCAAGGUUCUGAAGGGCCACGAUGACCAUGUCAUCACCUGCCUCCAGUUUUGUGGCAACCGCAUUGUGAGCGGCUCAGAUGACAACACGCUCAAGGUGUGGUCGGCUGUCACCGGGGAGUGCGUUCAGACCCUGGUGGGGCACACGGGGGGCGUCUGGUCCUCCCAGAUGAGGGACAACAUCGUCAUCAGCGGCUCAACAGACCGCACCCUCAAGGUGUGGAACGCGGACACGGGCGAGUGCGUGCACACCCUCUACGGGCACACCUCCACCGUGCGCUGCAUGCACCUCCACGGCAGCAGGGUGGUGAGUGGGUCCCGGGACGCCACCCUCCGCCUCUGGGACAUCGAGACAGGGCAGUGCCUGCACGUGCUGAUGGGCCACGUGGCCGCCGUCCGCUGCGUCCAGUACGACGGGCACAAGGUGGUGAGUGGCGCCUACGACUACACGGUCAAGGUCUGGGACCCCGAGACGGAGAGCUGCAUCCACACCUUGCAAGGCCACACCAAUCGCGUCUACUCCCUGCAGUUUGAUGGGACCCACAUUGUGAGCGGCUCCCUGGACACCUCGAUCCGCGUGUGGGACGCCGAGAGCGGCAACUGCCUGCACACGUUGAUGGGGCACCAGUCCCUGACCAGCGGCAUGGAGCUGCGCGACAACAUCCUGGUCUCUGGCAACGCCGACUCCACGGUCAAGAUCUGGGACAUCAAGACGGGCCAGUGUCUGCAGACCUUGCAAGGUCCCAGCAAGCACCAGAGUGCUGUCACCUGCCUCCAGUUCAGCUCCAAGUUUGUGGUGACCAGCUCGGACGACGGCACCGUCAAGCUGUGGGACCUCAAGACGGGCGAGUUUGUGCGCAACCUGGUGGCGCUGGAGAGUGGCGGCAGCGGGGGGGUGGUCUGGCGCAUCCGGGCCUCCAACACAAAGCUGGUGUGUGCCGUGGGGAGCCGCAACGGGACUGAGGAGACCAAGCUCCUUGUUUUGGAUUUUGACGUGGACCUGAAAUGAGGAGGAGGGCUGGACUGGCAGGGGGGCCUGCGGGACGGGCAUCCCCCCAGGCGUGAGUGAGUGGUGCCUGGCCGCGCACCUUAUUUAUAGCUUGGCUGCAGGGCCCUGGGCGGCUGGCAGAGCGGCAGAGCACCCAAGUCUGCUUUUUGUACACACUAAUAAUAUAUCACUUUAUUUCUGUA